UGCCAUGUCUGUCGGGAGAUAUUACCCGAUGAUGAAUAUCCAAUGCAUUGAAUGAACUAGAAGUUGAUCUUUCCCUGUAAUGUGACCUUCAGGCCUAAAAACAGUCUUCUCUGUAAAUUUGCCUACAUGCCGAAUGAACGUAAAAACAUUUACGAAGGUUAAUCCAAAAACAUAGAGAUGACAUUGUAUUUUGUCUGUCGAGAAGUUGUAUUAUUAUUAUUGUCACACGAUAUCCCUGUAAUUUCUGUCUUCUGUUUCUUGGCAUAUAUUUGCAAGCAGAGUGAACGUAUGGAGGAGCAGCAGAAUGAAUAAUGACUUUAUUAUUCUUUAUCAGUACGAUGUAAAGUUUGCUGCUGGGACCAGCUGCUUAAAUCUUUUUUCAUCUCAUGAAUGACCUCAGCUGUUGGAGACCACAACAGAUGUAUUGAGAACAACACCGUGUGUUGACUGUGGCCCCACUGUCCUGCAAACUGCAGUGUCAUUCUCCUCUCUAAUAACCUUCCUCCCUCCCUCAUCCACCCCCCCAUCCUCCCUCGCAUCCUCUCUCCUUGCUCUGCUCUGUACCCCAUGAAGACCUGCAUGGCCGUAGAGAAAUUAAAAGAUGGUUCAGUUUGUCUGCAACUGAUGUAUACAAAAAGAGCGGAAAGAAUGCGGCAUGCUCAUCACUCUGUGUCUUUUGGGGGGUGGGGGGGGGGGUCGUGUCAGGAUUUUUUAUUUGUCCUGUGAGUCAUGCAACACAUCUGCUAUGAUUUUCAUCUCCGUCGGCUCAGGGCUCAGUUUGUAGCUUCCUGGUGGAAACCAUCCAGCUGCUGUGUCAUUUAGUUUGGUGUGAAUGCCUUUUUUUUUACAUUCUCUUUUGAAAGGUUUAAAGGACAACAUUUCAGGAGGUGAAUUUGAGCCUGGAGACAAUGUGCACCACUUGACUUAGUCACCUACGAAUCAUGUGACGAGGCUGCUGGACUCGACGGAGGUAGAUUGCACCUGUUGACGCCGUCUGUGCGUCUGACCGCAGGCCCGGCGUGUGAGCGUGAAGGUUCAGCACAAACUGGUUGUUUUGCUUGUCUUGUUAGGUGACAGAGGGACAAACCGCCCGGGGAGAGGGGGGGGGCAUAGGGGCCCCGCAUGAAAAGAGUGCAGUAUCUACAGAUUCUGCGCUUUCCAAAAUCCUGCCUCUGUCCUUUCCCAAGAUCUUGUCAUGCUUUAAAAUCAGCUGUGUUGGUAUUUUCCAGGUUUCUCGUCAAAAGGCGCUGCGGUGGUGUUUUUCUGUGUCUGUGUUCAGCCGUUAACCAUCUUCUCACAGUUAAGAACCAGUUGGAUCAUUCAAAGACUGACGUGGCGGUAAAGCAACCCAUACAUGUGCUGUGUCUUGAAAUCCCGCUGACUCUGCUACUGUCUUUGUUGCUAUCCAUCUGUCAUUGUUCAGCAUCACAGGGCUGAUCCACCCAGAGAGGAGAGAGACACGGUUAGCGGGUUAGCCUCCCCGCGGACGGGCUCACUGCUCAGCUGUCUCUAUCCCGACAGUGUAUUUCCCUUCAGCCAUGAUGUCGGUACAAACUCCUCCUCUUUCCCGCUCUGGCUCCUCCCCGUCGAACGUGGGGCUGGCCAACCGCAGCGGCACCUCUGCGACUCCUCCCACCUCGCUUAGCCUUCGAUCCUCAUACAACCAGUUGCUCGGGCGAGACGUCAUCAAGGAGUCCAUGGAAAGCGGAAGUUCGGCCACUUUGCCAAAGAGCCGUCAGAGGUACGCCAUGACCAGCGUGCGGAGCGCCAUGGGGAUAAGUGACAACUUGGCUAUGUCCUCCAAAAACCAACCUGCGACCAGAGGGAGGGGUCUACCGACCAAGUCCUCCUCCAGCUCCGCCCUCUACUCAUCCUCGGCAUCCUCCUCGCUGUUUAACACAACCAACCCCAAACUGGCCAAGAAUGGCGCUAACAUGCAGAGACGAGCUGAGAGUCAGCAGCAGGAGCUGAGCCGGGCCAACACAGAGGGCAAAAUUCACACCGAUCUCAUCAAUAAUCCCAGUUCUGACUGGCUCGAAUUAGGAAAAGACAACUCGCAGCUGCCCCCGUUCCGCAGAAGGACCAAGAGCUUCUUCGAGCAUCCAGGGAAGGGCUGGGAUUUGGACCUGAGUUUGGGAAACAAAGAGGACGAGGAGGAGGAGAAGAAGCAGCAGCCAUCUCCAGAGAAAGAGCAGGCCAGCCCUGCUAAGGAGAGGGAGAGCCAAAAGGAGGAGAAGCCCAUCAGCAAGCAGACCUGCCAGGAAGAGAAGGAAGAGGUGCAGCCGGUGGCGGAGGAAGAGGAGGAGAAGGAAGAGGAGGACGUUGACCCCACGCAUAAACUAAGGCAGCCCCUGCUACCAGUAGUGUUGGAAGCUCCCCUUUCACCCACUUCUUCCUCUUCCACCAACAGCCCAGAGUGGGUCCCAGACAACCACAACCGACUCCAGAACCCUCCUCCAGCCCAGAUCCGAGAGGAGCUCUGUGCCCAGGUCCAGCCAAGUCCACGCAGUCCUGCAAAACCCCCCCGGAGCUCCCAGCCCCGGGUUAUCAAGGUCGAGCUGCACCCCAACAACGAGAACCAGUUCCUGCAACAGUUCCCGCCUUCUUCUCCCAAACUGGCCCGCACUGCGGAAAGGUACACCCCCACCAGGAACCGGGCUCCCCCCACCGUGCCGGAUGCUGGACAUGACACCGGGCUCCCUAGGGUGGGCUUAAGGAUGGAUCUGACUCCUGAAACUCCGUCAGAGGAGGAAGACUCCAGCUGGACCACGCUGUCCCAGGAGACACCGUCCCCUCAGACUCCAAGAGAGACAGGUUUGACAUCAGACGUGUGGGGUGAGGGGAACCUGCCCCCGGGCUGGAGGGAGAUCUCCGAUUCAUCAGAGAUCUAUUUCUGGCACAUCCCCACUGGCACCACACAGUACCACCGACCUGUUGCCUCGGGCGACGAACACACCUCCCCCAGCAAGGGCCCAGACACCGAGCACGACACACAGCAGGGAGCGCGUGACUCCCUGAACCCUCCCAACGAGCGCCCCAGCAGUCUGAUAUCUGACAGCUCGGUGGAGCCGGUCCCCUCGCCCUCUGGUUCCUCCCCCUCCCCCUCCUCGUCCACCGUCUUAGAUGAUGUCACCUUUUCUUUUGCGGAUCUCAACACCAGCACCGGCACAGCCACCGAGCCGAAGGACUAUCCAGUGUACCCGGAUCCCAGUCUCAAGGCGUUUGAAGGUGCUACCCUCCGCUAUGCCUCACUUAAGCUCAGCGCCUCGGCCCAGCUAGAGACAGUGGACCUCAACAAUUCCUCCUCCCACCCAGAGGCAAUGUCAUUCCCAGUGCGAUCUCUGGGCUGGGUGGAGAUGGCUGAACAGGACCUGUGUGAGGGGAGGAGCAGCUUGGCCGUCCACCACUGCAUCAGACAGCUGUCCUACUGCCGGAGGGACAUACGCGACUCCGCCGGCGUCUGGGGGGAGGGUAAAGGGAUGCUGCUUGUGCUUCAAGACCGCAUGUUGACUCUGGUUGACCCGGACGAUGGAAGCCUGCUCCACUCUCAGCCAAUCAGCAGCAUCCGUGUGUGGGGCGUCGGCCGAGACCACGACAGAGAAAGGGACUUUGCUUACGUGGCGAGAGACAAGAACACGCGAGUGCUGAAGUGCCACGUGUUUCGAUGUGAUACUCCUGCCGCAGCCAUCGCGACAAGUCUCCACGAAAUCUGCUCCAAGAUUAUGGCUGAAAGGAAAAGCGCCAAAGCUGCAGCUGGCAGCUCCUCCCAGAACGGCUCCGAUGUGCCCCUACAAGAGUUUCCCAUGCCAAAGACUGAGCUGGUGCAGAAGUUUCAUGUGCUGUACCUGGGUAUGACAUCCGUGUCUCGCCCCAUAGGUAUGGACAUCAUCAACGGGGCCAUAGAAAGUCUGGUGUCCUCCACGGGCAAAGAGGACUGGACUCCUGUCACACUGAGCAUCGCUGACACCACUCUGGCCGUCAUCAAGGAAAAGGAGGAGGAAGAGGAGGUGUUGGUGGAGUGUCGAGUUCGUUUCUUGUCCUUCAUGGGCGUGGGGCGGGAUGUGCACUCGUUUGCCUUCGUCAUGGACACCGGCAGCCAGCAUUUCCACUGCCAUGCGUUCUGGUGCGACCCCAACGCAGGCAACGUGUCCGAGGCCGUGCAGGCAGCAUGCGUGCUGCGGUACCAGAAGUGUCUGGUGGCACGCCCCCCCUCCCAACGGGCCGGCUCCUCCUCCUCGCCGUCCGCGGACACGGUGACCCGGCGGGUGACCACCAGCGUGAAGCGGGGAGUCCAGUCUCUCAUAGACACUCUGAAAACCAAGAAACAGCCGUCUGAACUCCCCCAGCAAUGACCGCCGCGAGCGACCACAGCACCCUCCCCAUCCGCCGCCGGACGCCACUCACACGCUAUCGCCAGAGCAAACACCUAGUCGUGGUGCCCAACGAUGUACAUACAUGUUAACAAACACCAACCCAGAUCACGGGAAGAAGAGCAAUUCUCCAGUAAGCCUGAUGAUUUAUUUUAAACAGAUGAAAAGAAAACUCGUGUAAUUCAUGUGGCGGGAUGCAAAAUCUGGUAGCGCCGGUUGAUCUUUGACCUUAUGAACGCCGCUUUGAUCCCGGCGGGAACCAGCAGCAUUGGCCUUCACUGCGUGUGGAUUUCUGGGUCGGAUGGAUUAACUUGAUCAAGCACACUACAGACAGAAUUCAGGAAAACCCAGAAAGAUAUGAUUUCCGUUAACAUUCUGGUUGAUGGAACCACUUCUCAUUCACUCUCCGUCCGUGUGUGUGUGUGUGUGUGUGUGUGUGUAACAACCAUCCUUGGCACAGUAAGAGCACAUUCACUAGCUUCCUGACAGAACAAGCAACAGGAGCCUCACAGGACAGAGAAAGUGUUGUUUGGGGAUUUUAGAGGGUGAAUACGAAAAGAAGACGGCCCCUCCCACCGAGCGCCAUACCUUAUGUGUGUGUGUGUGUGUGUGUGUGUGUGUGUGUGUGUGUCUCUUAAAACAAGCUAAAAACAUAACAUCUCCAUUCAGGAUGAAUGAAGUGAUUAUAAUGAUGAAUUGUAUGUAAAUGAUUUUAUGUAGGAAGAGAGAAUGUCGAGCACAAAACCUGUACAGUAGAUAUGAGGGGAAGGUGAAGUGAUGACAGAUGUGGGAUUAGUUUUGCAUGUUUUCUUGAUGAGAUACAUUUAUGUUGGUGUUGAUGGGUCCCAGUAAGACGAGUGGGAAACACACAAAGAAUAGUUCUCAACAUUACCAUGGCACAAACGAAUCUGGCCUAUUUCUGACCCAUAACACAGUAAAAUGUUACUCAAAUUUACAGAAUCACAAUUCAUGAUUGUCUGUCAGAGUUUUACAUUCUGUGUCUUGAUGGAUGAGUAGAUCUGCAAAAGAAAGGUAACAGUUUCAUGUAUUUUGAAACUUUUCAUUUAUUAAGAUUGUACUUUUUUUCCUUGCAUACCGUAUGUGAAAACUGAGUUUAAAAGCUCAAGAAUGUUACAUGACCUAUGUUUAAACGCUAACAUUUCCUCAGGAAUCUUUAUAAAUACACCCUACAGUUUAUAUGUUGCUAGGAAAUACCGAUCCCCAGCUUCAACUGGACGGUGACAGGCACCCGAGGCUAAAUGAACAGUGGUACACAAUAGUGUUUGCCCUUCUUGGUAAACCUGGAAAAGGUCCAUUUGGUGCAUUACGGUUUAACUAUUGUUUCUCUUGUUGAAAUACACCCACACAAAUAUGCACAUAGAAGUCUGCUGUCACUGCUAUUAAAACCUUUACACUGCUCAUGCAGCUCAUGUCCACUAACCUGCACGAACGCUGUGAAGGCAGUCUGAUUAAAAACACACACACACACACACACACACACACAAAGUCACAUCAGUUCUGUUCUUCACUCAUCUCUCCACCAUGUAAAUGUAAUCUGUUGUGACAAUAAACGCAUUACCAAAAG